AUGGUUUUCCACGGUGGUGGUGGUGGUGGUGGUGGUGGUGGUGGUAGUAGGCGGGCAAGGGAUGCGGAUGUUGCUGCGAUGAACAGGUAUGCUUGCGCACCUCAGGCACACGGUUCAGCCCUCCUUCUUGCGGUGCUAGCAACCUACCAUAUCAACCUUUCUCCACCUGCCAUCUUAGCCGAGACGAUGGCACCCUACUCUACUACUCGGCCCUAUAUUGCAAUUAGCCCGAACCACGGCUACGGCAGAGAAGCGUGGCGUCUUUACGCAACCCACUGUUGCCAAACGUCGCGUAAUUCGUUAUUGGUAGAGAUUGCGGUGAAGUGCGACUCGGCUGAGUGA